AUGCGUUUCAAUACUGCCCUUCUCGCGGUGGCCGCUGCUAGCACUGCCGCUGCUCAGCGUCCGGCCAACACGUCCAUCUGUGACUAUUAUACCACGGCCUUGCUGAAGGAGAACAACGCUACCAACCAGUACACCCUCUUGACUCUGCUUGUCAACACGGCCGUCAUCGGUAAUUAUACCCAGCCCAAUGUGGGUGUUAUGGUUCCCGGAAUCCUGAACCCCAAUGGCACGUACAACAACACCAAGGUCAACCUGGUUCCCUACUUCGAUGGCGGUCUUGCUUCCUCCAACGAGGGUGGCAACUCGGGAGUUGCUAAGAACUUCCUCGAUGGUGGUGGUGCUGCUCCUCUGAUGAAGAACAUGCCCGCUGAGGAUGAGACCUCCAACCAAUACAAGCUCCUGACUCACCUGUACGAGUUCUUCGGUAGCCUCCUCGGCUGUUCUGAAGUUGGCAUGACCGGUUUCGCGGCUUACUCUGGAGAUUCUAGCAUGUACGAGGUUCACAAGUUCAUGGUCCUUGACCCCUUCCAGAUGGGCUAUUUUAUCGAGCAGGUCGCUCUUUCCGCUGCCUCCUUCGGAGUCGCAACUUCUGAUAUCGAGGCUGUCGGCCAAGCUCUGGGCUCCCUCUUCAACUACCGUUGUGCUCCCAAGACCACCGUCAUCAAGGCUCAGGGUCCGCAGUACCAAAGCAUUUGCACUGACGACUCUUGCCCACUCGCUGAUAAUGCGACCUGCGCUGCUCAGCCUUCCAUGUCUCAGCCCCUUGUUGCCAACGCUACUCUCGCCGAUGGUGAGGGUCGCAAUGCCUCCACUACCUCUAUGUCCGGGAGUGCUUCGGGCACGGCCUCGAGUGCUUCUGGCACUACCUCUGGUGGCGCUUCGGGCACUGCCUCUGGCGCUUCGUCUGCCAGUUCUACCUUCAACGCCGCCUCGCACGCCGCUCCAGGGCUUACCGGUGUGUUUGCCGCGCUCGUGGGCUUCCUCGCUCUGUAGAUAUGUUUAUGAGAGGACCUGGCGUGUGGGCCAGGUACUGACUUGGUGAGCACACGAGGGUGCCAAUAUAUUAUUUUCUUCUAUAUGUCUUCUUCCGAUGGCAAUUAAUUUACGGG